UUAUAAAAUCUUCACCUAUCUAAGUAUUGAAUAAAAUAUAAGAAAAUAAAAGUAGAUAUGCCAAAAUAUUAAACAGUGCCCAAGCAUCGUAAACAUGCAAGUCCUACAACUUUUAUUCUUAUUCUUCUUCGUACCUGUUUUAUCCGGAUCUCUGUCACCCCGGGUGGUGUAUAAAGUGGGGGUCCUCAUGGCCUCACGCCUGGACUCACCUUUCGACCUGGAGCGCUGCGGCCCGGCCGUCGACUUGGCCUUAGACAAGGUCAACGAAAAGUUUCUGGCCCAUCACGGAAUUGAGCUGCAGAAGGUGCAAGGCAGCUACCCAUCCUGCUCGGGGGCUAUAGCGCCGGGCUUGGCAGCGGACAUGCACUUCAAGGAGGAUGUCAUCGCCUUCAUCGGCCCCGCCUGCGCCUUCGCUCUGGAGCCCGUCGCCAGGCUCGCGGCCUACUGGAACACGCCCAUCAUCACCGGGAUGGGCGACCAGCCACCUUCGGAAGGCGAGCUAGCAGCUCCAGCCAGUGUUGUCAGCCGCAUGCAUCGACUCAGAAACUUACGUAAGGGGACACAGCCUCAAACAUUAUUUAACGACAAAGGCAAGUACCCGACGUUGACGCGCAUGUCGUACUGCCAGUGCCGGCUGCCGCGCGUCUUCACCAGCGUGUUCGAGCGGUUCGGCUGGGCGCACGUCGCGCUGCUGCUCGACAAGUCCGACUUGUUCUCUUUGACUGUUGGUAAGAGUCUGGAGUGGGGUCUUCGAAAGAAAGGCGUCCUGAAGGCGGUGAGGGAGCUGGACGGCAACGAGAGAGAAUCUUGCGAGGCGUUACUUAAAGAUGUUAGCAUGUAUGCUAGAGUGGUGAUCCUGAGCGUGCGCGGGUCGCUGGUGCGCGAGUUCCUGCUGGCGGCGCACGCGCUGGGCAUGACGCGCGGCGACUGGGCCUUCCUCGAUGUCGAGAUAUUUCAGGGUGGGUACUGGGGCGAGACAGGCUGGGCGGCGGACGACGAGCGCGACACCGCCGCACGCGCAGCCUACGAGGCGCUGCUCCGUGUCUCCCUCAAGCUGCCCACUGGAGACAGGUUCGAUGAGUUCGCAGACGCUGUGCGAGCGAGAGCGAAACAGCACUACAAUUACUCUUUCUCGGAUGGUGAAGAGGUCAACUUCUUCAUCGGAGCAUUUUAUGAUGGUGUGUACCUGUUGGGAAUGGCCCUGAAUGAGACUCUGACGGAAGGCGGCGAUAUCAGGGAUGGCAGGAACAUCACCAAGAGGAUGUGGGGACGAGACUUCCAUGGUAUAACUGGCCACGUCCGCAUUGACGCCGUUGGCGACCGCGACGCUGAUUACGCCAUCUUGGACCUGGAUCCAGUUACCGGGAAAUUUGAAGUGGUAGCGUUCUUCCACGGGCUGAACAGCAGCUACAAGCCGGUGGCGGGCAAGGCCAUCCACUGGCCGGGUGGGCGCCGCGGGCCGCCGCCCGACACGCCGCGCUGCGGUUUCCUGUGGAACGACCCCAUGUGCCAGGGUGAGGCCCAGACUGUUAUUAUCUAUUGUUUCAUUGGCCUCGCCGUCUUUCUAAUCUUCGCUGUAACAGCUGCCUGCGUCGCCUACAAACAGGCUCGUAUAGACGCGGAGUUAAACAACACAUCGUGGAGGGUGAGACCUGAGGAGGUGCUGGUGGAGGUCGGCACCGGACUCGGGGCUAGUCCGGCGCUACACAGCAUCAAUGAAUUAUCCCUUGGGUGGAGCGCUCGCGGCAGCACGGGCGCGGCGUCGAACCUGGGCACUCCUUCAGUCACACUCUCAUCGUUCACCGUUGGCCUUUACAAAGGGAACAGAGUGGCAGUAAAGAAGAUUCACAGAAAGAAGCUGGAUCUCAACAAGAAGUUGCUGUGGGAGAUUAAACAGGCUCGCAACGUGUCUCAUGAGAAUACGGCGCGGUUUAUCGGCGCCUGCGUCGACUGCCCGCUGGUGUUCAUGCUGACCGAGUACUGUCCGAAGGGAUCCCUCAAGGAUGUGCUCGCUAACGAUGAGCUGCAGCUUGAUUGGAACUUCAGGACAUCGCUGGUGCAUGAUAUAGUUCAGGGCAUGUGCUACCUACACGGCGGGCUGGGUGCGCACGGCAAGCUACGCUCUUCAAACUGCCUCAUCGAUGGACGCUUCGUGCUCAAGAUCUCCGACUACGGGCUGAACACCUUGUGCACGCCGACAGACUUGAUAAAGGAUGACACCUAUUACUACAAGCUACUCUGGACGGCGCCGGAGCUGGUGGCGGCCAGCAUCUACCCCGGCGCCUCUGCCUCUCUCAAGGGUGACGUCUACAGCUUCGGCAUCAUUCUGGAGGAGAUCGUGCUCAGAGCGGGGCCUUUUCAUCAUUAUACACCCACUUUGUCUAAUAAAGAGAUAGUAAUCCGGGUGUGCGCCCGUGAAUCCCCCCCAUUCCGGCCGGUGGUGGGGGUGAGUGAGGUGGGUGCGGCGGCGGGGAGUGGGGGUGGCGCGGCUGUGGAGCUGCUCGAGCUGGCCGCCAGGUGCUGGGCUGAGGCGGCUGAUGACAGGCCUAGCUUCGAUACCAUCAACGCUAAUUAUAUCAAAGGCUACUGUGAUAACCUGAUGGACGACCUGCUUCGUCGUAUGGAACAAUAUGCGAACAACUUGGAGUCUUUAGUCGAGGAGAAAACUGAACAACUGUCGCUGGAGAAACGAAGAUCUGAAGAACUGUUGUAUCAAGUUCUACCUAGACCAGUGGCUCAACAGUUGAUGGCUGGGGAGGUGGUGCAGCCGGAGAGCUUCGAGUGCGUGACGGUGUACUUCAGCGACAUCGUGGGCUUCACCGAGCUGUGCGCCGCCUCCACGCCCAUUCAGGUCGUGGACCUGCUCAAUGACCUGUACAGCACCUUCGAUAGGAUUAUAGGCUUCUAUGAUGUUUAUAAGGUGGAAACUAUAGGAGACGCUUAUAUGGUGGUAUCUGGUCUCCCGGAGAGGAAUGGUGACUUGCACGCGCGGGAGAUCUGUCUGAUGGCUCUCGCCAUCGUGGAGGCGGUCAGGGGGUUCGUGGUCAGACAUCGACCUACUCACAGAUUGGAGGUCCGCAUUGGAGUACAUUCCGGUCCCGUAUGUGCCGGCGUGGUGGGGGUUAAAAUGCCACACUACUGCCUCUUUGGAGAUACCGUCAACACGGCUAGCCGUAUGGAGUCAACUGGGCAGCCUCUUCGCAUCCAUUUAAGCGAGAACUCUCGAGCGCUGCUAGAACAAUGGGGUACCUUUGUAGUGGAGCGACGUGGGGAGGUCGAACUCAAGGGUCGCGGGAGGAUGCUUACCCACUGGCUGCUGCACUGCUCGGAGCCUGAAGCGAGGCCACCGACUCAAGGCCAGCAACCACCUCCGCAAUACCCAAUACUCUUCCCCGCUUUGCCCCAACCGGCACUGUCCUUGCAAGUACCGUUUCUGGUCACUGAACCACCUAUAUUGGCCACCUGAGAACGAAUCUGGACGUUUUAGGUGGAGGCUAUUGAUACAAUAUGUAUUGUGAGUUAUCUUUUGCAUAACUCAACUAUAGUGGCUUUAUGAGUAGAUAAUAUUGCAGAAGAUGCAGGUGACUUUUAC